AUGUCAUUCGGUGCACAACGUCAUAUUGCCGAUAUUAAAUGCGAUGAUAUGACACCAGAAGGCGCUGCUGUAAUCAGUUUACAAAUGGGUACAAAUAAAUUUGCUUCACAAAAAGGAAUGAGUUUCAGUAAUCAACGUCAUAUUGCCGAUAUAAAAUGUGAUGAUUUGAGUCAAGAAGGCAAGUCGGUUAUCAAUCUUCAAAUGGGUACAAAUCAAUUCGCUUCACAAAAGGGUAUGCGAAUAGGUGCAAGUCGACAUAUCGCUGAUAUUCGUUGUGAUGAUAUGUCAAAAGAAGGUCAAAAUGUGAUUAGUCUUCAAUAUGGUACAAAUAAAUUAGCUAGUCAAAAAGGUAUGCGUAUGGGUGGUCAACGUCAUAUCACAGAUAUUCGUUGUGAUAACCUGUCAGCAGAUGGAGCAUCUGUUAUCGGUUUACAAAUGGGAUUACCACAAAGUCAAGUUGCUUCACAAUCAGGCAUGUCAUUCGGUGCCCACCGACAUAUUAAUGAUUCACAUUAG